AAGCAGUUUAAGAGGACCUGGACCUCAAGGCAAGCAGGAUGGCAUGUCCAUCUCUCUUUCCAGCAACCACGCUGCCACGAUGAGACUCGUCUACCUCCUCCUCCCCCUGAGCUUGGGGCUACCAAUCAGCAUUCCCGUCGAAGGCACGGAAGUAUACCAGCUCCAACACCCUGAAUAUCACCAACAGCAACAGCAACAGCAACAGCAACAGACAAUCCUCGCACAAAACCACUCGGAGCAGGACCAGUUGCAAAGCCAAUCCAGCUCCAGCCCCCACGGCUCAUUCAUCAACCUCAGCCUCCACAAGUCCAAGCUCAAGCCCAACAACCACCAAAACAAUACCAAUGCCACCCAGCCAACCGACAAAAUCCUCCAAGCAUACCUUCACACCCUACACACCUCCCACCUCUGCGCGCACACCCUCUCACAAUACGCCCCCGAGCUCCUCGCCCUCGCGCUCUUCUCCCUCCUCCCCGUUACCUUCUGCAUCCUGACCCUCGCAGAGCGCAUCGCCCGCUCCUGGACCGUCGAGGCGUAUCCCGAGCGCGGGCGGGACAGGCGAAGGUUUCUGGGUCGGGAGCGGCGGUGUCUGAUGCAGGCGAGGAGGGAGAGGGAGAAGAGGACUGUCCUGGAGAAGGGGUGGUGGAUUGCGGAGCGGAAGCGUUGAUUCAGCUCAGUUCAAUUCAAUUCAAUCGUCUUGAUGUUUGGAUCUGAUCUGGUGACGGUACCAGAUGGGGGAAGAUGAAGGAGCUUGCAGAUGUGCCUCAGCUCUUUUCGCUGUCUCCACGACGGGAGUUCUGCGCUGCCCUGAUUGCGGUUGGUCGUGACGCUGCGAGCGGUGCUGCUCGAAUGUGGGGCAGAUUAACCGAAUUCUUGACCUGGGAAAAAGCCGAUAGCUUGGUGAUAGAGCGCGGUGGUUCGUGGAUCGAACCGAACGAGGUCAGGAUGGCUGGUUUCAUCUUGAUUAUCCUGCUCAGAGUUGAGUGAGAUCUGGUAUGAAGACGAAAGUCAGACGCCCAGUUAAUGUACAGUCAAAAACGUGUAUAAUAACAUUUACAUAAUAUACCCAUACAGUUAAACCCGGCAUAACCGUCCAUUCUGAUCUGGCAGCCCAUCCUCACUCUCCACAGUCCAGUCCU